AUGGACGAUCAAGAGAUAGAUUCAAUAACACAGUCUAACACUGUCUCUACAACUGAGGAAAAUGGAAUUCGAAAUAUUUCUAAAGCGGAAGCAAAACAUCUGAAAUAUGAAAUACCAACGGUUGAAAAGGUUUCAACUGUCUGGACACAGUUAUAUGCGCAUCAUCUUCUGGCGGCCAUUUUGUGUAUGCUGUUCACCGUUCUCCUUCUGGUCGCUGGGUACUCCCUCUACCGGAAGAAGAAGAGGAGGCGUAGCUUGUACCAGCCCUUCCUGGGCCUUCACUCCAGUGUGCCCAAGAUAUCUAAACCCAUGGAUCCCAUCGUGUACAAUUAUGUGUGCACUCAGAAGCCCGUCGAUUUCGUGGUACCCAGUGUACCAGCGACCACUGCACCGAGUCCAGUGGAUCCACCAGAGCCAGCAGCCACUUCCCUGGAGAGUGGAGGAGCUCUCUGCAGAAAGCUUUCGCUUUUGGAAGCAGGUCCCACCUUGCUGGGAGGUUUGAAUCCUGAUCUGUACAAGGCUGCUCCGGAGGAGGAAAUCGAGGAGGAUAACUUCCCGGAGGGCCACAGAGGCCGCCUGUGGUUCAACCUCGAGUAUGACGUCAACACCGAGAGGCUGAUAGUCCACGUGAUCAAAGCCAAGAACUUGCCAAGUCGCGUGUAUGGGGCAGUCAACUGCUGCGAUCCAUUCGUGAGAAUUUAUCUGAUGCCAGAUGAAAGACGAUAUUUGCAAUCGAGACCCAAGAAGAAGACCUGCAAUCCGAAAUUUGACGAAACGUUUCUCUUCCAGUUACCCAGCCGAUCGACAAAUGAGAGGACGCUGAAGUUCACAGUAUUCGAUAACGACCGCGGGAAGCACCACAACCCCAUCGGCCACGUGCUCAUCCCCCUCAAGGAGUUCUUCGAUUCCGAGAACCAUGGUGAAAUUCAGUGGCGGGACCUGGAAAAGAAAGAAGAUCAGAUUCCUAGUGACUUGGGUGAGAUGAUGAUCAGCCUUUGCUACAACCAGAAUCUCGAGCGCCUCAUCGUGACCGUCUGCGAAGCCAGGGGACUCCGGAUACCGGAAGGAUUCAAGACUCUAGACACUGUAUGCCGGGUGGUGUUCAUGCGUGAGCACAAAGUGGUAAAAACGAAGAAGACGAUGGUAUGCAAGAACAGCUGCGACCCCAAGUAUAAUGAGUCCUUCCACUUCCGCAUGGCUCAGUCGGCCAUCAACAUGUGUAGCGUCACUGUGCAGGUAGUGCAAGCGGGCAUCAAAGAGAAAGAUCGUUGUCUUGGAAGGGUUGUUUUGGGCCCCUACAUGUUCUCAAGAGGAAAAGGCCUUGAGCAUUGGGAAGAGGCCAUGGCAGCAGGCCACAAGCAGAUUCGAUACUGGCACAAGCUCAGCUGAAGAAAUACGUGAAAAAAAAAAGGAAGAAAAAAUAAAACAUGCUUUUUACUCUGUUCUUAAUAUUUGGUAACGGUUUUGAUUUGCUUUGAAGGUGAUCACUAAAUUCA